AGUCCUUGCCUUGGUGACGGAUGCUCAAAAGUUCAGAAGUUUUUUCCAAACGCUUCUCCGAGCAGCUCGCGGCUGAAAAAGAGAGACUGAAACAGGAACGGAGGCAGAGGCAGCGCUUAAAACCGAAGAUCGCUCGGGGAAGGUGGAUCUUUCUCUUUUCCUGCUGCAGACCGAAAGAGAGAGAAUAUCCGGGCCUCUCCCUCCCCCCGCCAACUUCUUCCCUGCUGUUUACUUCGCCUGGCUCGGUCUCCUGCUGCCUUCCUAAAGCCCAACCUGUCGCCCCGCUCCGUGGAAAAGACGAAAGGGCGGCGGGGGGAGGGAAGGGCGCUUGGGAACAAGCGAAGAGGGAUUUGAAGUCCCAGACAGUGAGGGCGCCUGGUUCCAUUUCUAUUAUCGAUGGAAGUAACUUACUUUUCCUCUCGGCUGCGAUCGCUUCCGUGGAGUGUCGGUGCCUUGUUUUAAGAAUCAAGACGACGAAGAAGAAAAGGAGACUUAUUUUUCUGCCACCCCCACCCCACCCCUUCUCAUUGGGUUGUUUCUAUUUAUUUAUUCGAUUUUUUUUUUGCACACUUGGGGGGAGGGGAAAGCAGAAAACUUAACAGGACAUCAGAGGGGUUUUUUGCGUGUGUUUGUUUCCCCCCUUUUUUGAGAAGGAAAAUCCUGGUCGCCUCUUCUGGUUUAUAUUUUUUUGGCUCUGGAGCUGCGGAGGGGUGGAGGGGGUAAAGCAGAGGCGGCGGCGGCGGCCAGUCUGCUGCUGAAGCUGCUGCUUGGUCCGGCUGGCUUGCGGGAGGGAGGCCAUGCAGGCUCGCUACUCGGUCUCCAGCCCCAACCCGCUGGGAGUGGUGCCUUACCUCGGCGGCGAGCAGAGCUACUACCGGGCCGCGGCUGGAGGGGGCUACGCAGCCAUGCCGGCCCCGAUGAGCAUGUACUCGCCGCACCCGGCCGCCCACGAGCAGUACCCGGGCGGCGGGGGUGGCGGAGGCGGCAUGGGCAGGCCCUAUGGCCCUUACCCGCCGCAGCCGCAGCCCAAGGACCUGGUGAAGCCGCCCUACAGCUACAUCGCCCUCAUCACCAUGGCCAUCCAGAACGCGCCGGACAAAAAGAUCACGCUGAACGGCAUCUACCAGUUCAUCAUGGAGCGCUUCCCCUUCUACCGGGACAACAAGCAGGGCUGGCAGAACUCCAUCCGCCACAACCUCUCGCUCAACGAGUGCUUCGUCAAGGUGCCCCGCGACGACAAGAAGCCCGGCAAGGGCAGCUACUGGACCCUAGACCCGGACUCCUACAACAUGUUCGAGAACGGCUCCUUCCUGCGCCGCCGGAGGCGCUUCAAGAAGAAAGACGCCGUCAAGGACAAGGAGGAGAAGGAGCGCCUCCACCUCAAGGAGCAGCCGCCACAGCCGCCGCCGAGGCACCAACAGCAAGAGGGAGGGCAGCCGCCGCCGCCGCCGGUCAGGCUCCAGGACAUCAAGACGGAAAACGGCUCGGCGUCGCCCCCUCAAGCCAUGUCCCCGCUGGGAGGAGCGCCCGUGCCCAAGAUCGAAAGCCCGGAGAGCUCCAGCACCAGCAGCCUCUCCAGCGGCGGAGGCAGCCCGCGCGGCGGCAGAGCGCUCGGCUUGGAACCGCCUCCUACGACAGCAGCAGAAUCCCAGCAGAACCCGCAGCCCCAUCCCCCCCACUCCCACCACCAUCCCCCCCACCCCCAUCAUCACCACCACCACCACCACCACCCGCCGCCGCCGCAUCACCACCCCGGAGGCCCUCCAGGCGGGGGAGCGGGAGGCGGUUUCAGCGUGGACAACAUCAUCAUGACCUCCUUGCGCGCUUCGCCUCAGGGCGCCGGGGAUCUCUUGGCUUUGCCGCCGCCCGCCGCCGCUGCUUCGUCGUCGUCCACUUCCUCCACCGCCUCCACCUCUCGGACAGCAUCCCUGCCGCCGCCUUCGCUGGCCUUGAGUAGCUGUUAUUCGCCGCCGGCGGCCGCGGCUGCGCAGAGCUCGCUCUAUAGCGCCCCCUGCAGCCAGGGCGUCAACACGACGGGCAGCAACAGCAGCGGCGCGACGCAAGCGGGCAGCGUCAGCGCCAGCAGUUACCAUUGCAACCUACAAGCCAUGAGCCUCUACGCGGCCGCGGCUGCCGCCGCCGCCGCCGCCGCCGCAGGAGGAGGGGCAGGUGGCGGCGGCGGGGGAGAGAGAGGCGGAGGCGGCCACCUGAGCAGCAGCCCUGUGGAGCAAGACCCGCUGCCCGAGUACAGCCUGGCAGCGAGCAGCAGUAGCAGCGCUUCUUCCCUCAGCUUGAGUCCUCAGGAGGGGCACUCGCAAGGCGGCGGCCGCUUGGCUUCUUGGUACCUCAACCAAGCCACGGCGGUGGGAGAACUCGCCCAUUUGGCGCCCGCCUCAGCUGCGGCGGCGGCGGCGGCUGCAGCGGCGGCUGCCGCAGCUUCCUCGUCGUCCCCAGCAGGCUACCCCGGCCAGCAGCAGAACUUCCACGCCGUGAGGGAAAUGUUCGAGUCCUCCCACCGGCUGGGCUUGAACAAUUCGCCGGUGAACGGCAACGCCGCGGCCAGCAGCUGCCAAAUGGCGUUCCCCGGCAGUCAGCCCCUUUACCGCCCCUCAGGCGCCUUCGUCUACGACUGCAGCAAGUUCUGACCAACGAGAGGGGGAGGGGAGCGACUCCGCAGCAGCCACAGAAGCGACGUUGCCACUAAAAACUACAUUGGGCCCUUCCAAACCUCUUCCCCACAAAACCCACUCACCAAAAACGAAAGCUAUAUACAAAGACAGCUUUUUUAAAAAAUUAAGUCAUGGUUUGUAAAAGGACAGUGUUACUCCAAAUAACACGUAAGUUUGCGUUUUUUUCCCCCCUUGCCUUUAAAGAACUAUUUUCCCCCUCCCCCUCCUCUGUCAGCCCUUAAAAAGAUGUGUGGUUUCCAUCCCGCGCGCCCUUUUGCGCAAGCCUCAUUGGCUGCUUGUCCAGCGCUUGCACAUCAGGCCGACCAUGGGUUGAAAAGGUGUGAUGUCCAGUUGCAAUAAAACCAAUGGCCGUUUCGCCAUUGACUUCAAUGGGAUGUGGAUCGCAAUCUUAACAAAGGUUCAGUCCAGGUUCGUUCAAAUCAACGAGAGCUUUGCCAUUGUCUUCUAUGCAAUGUGGAUUGCGCGGUAACCAAUCAGAAAGCUCCCUCUUUUCCUUUUCUUACAAGGGCUCCUUUAUACGCAAAGACUUGUUUUUAAAAUGUAAAUUGAUACAUAGUAAUUUAUUUUUAAGUCUGUAGAUGGAUAUUUUGGACCAAACACCAGAAAAUGUUCUUUGUUUCCCCCCCCAUAAAAGCUGACUUUAAAAUGAUCUUAACCAUUGUUCUUUUUUUUUCAUUUAUAUAUGAAACAGGGAAACUGUAUUAAUCUUAUUUUAUCGUUUAUUGUUUUUCCUUUUUGUUGAAGAUAUCCUGAAGUUAUUGCCUUGUUUAUUAAUAAAUUACCAUUCAAUUGGACUGAGA